AUGGAAAGACUUCCGGAAAGCGAAGGACCCGACGAUCAUCCGGGAAAUGGAGAAGGCCUCCACGACAUGGGUGACGAUGGUGAGCUGCAAGAGGUCGUUGUCGGAACUUCUGCCGAUGAGCAAGACUAUCGUCAAAAGUAUCUCGGCGAUGAAGUGGAUGCUUAUGAAGAAUACGUUGAAGAGGAGGUGAUCGACGACGGACAAAUUGAUGACGAUCGAAUCUUGGUGGAUGACGAUGAAAUGAUGGAGGACGAGUAUGAACAGUUACAACAAAGGGGUCACGGUGCUCGAUCGGCUUUGAUCGCUCAACGCGGCGACAUUUCGACCUUAAUGUCACUUUCAAGGAGACCACAAAACGCCCGCAAGACGGUUCGCGAGUUUCUGGACGAUGUUGGAGCCACAGAGGAGGUGCAAUCUGCUGCGGGACAUAUGGGCUACGAUAAAUACGGUGGUGUUCGUGUUCACGCGCCUUCUCGUCUCUUGCCAGUCUCUACAAUUCAAAGAGUUGGGCCCGGAAAUUUCGUCGUUCAGAAGCACUAUCAAAUGCCAAGGGUCUCUGAUUGGCGUGACGAGCAAAGACGUGACUUGGAGAUCUGCGAAUUUUUUGACUCGCUGCCCGGCGAUCGCCAGAUCGCUUUCCGCAAAAUGCUUGAACGACUCGGCGAGCGCAUUCCGAAGCCAUUGAUGGGAUCGAGGAAAUAUUUUAGAAGCACACUGGCGCCACAUGUCAAGAUCCCAAUUCCAUCCAACUCCAAGCUCGAGCUGCUCAGCGAUCAAGCGAUGAACCGUGUGAGAGCCGAGGCUGGCGGUGAAACAAUGACCGGCGGUCCGAAGCCAAUUACAAAAGAGAACGAAUACGUGCGAGAUAUGGGAGAAGCAUUCUACAUAGAUAACCGCAAGAUCUACGUCUACAACAAUGAGGAAUAUGAAGAGAAAUCGUAUGGCGGAAUGGCGAACGCAUCAUUUGGAGAAGUGGUUUCCGAGGAGGUGAUCGAAGAGGAGAUCCUCGAGAAUGGACAACUGUCUGGAAAACCGAAUUUGGAUGGCGAUCAGAGUGAGGAUGGUGGUGACGGGGAAGGUCCGCCUCCAAUCGAGCCACAAGAACCACUCCCGGCCGAAAUUAUGCCACCAGGAUUGCAGGGCCUUGAUCACAUGGGUUCUCCGCUUGGGCGCGACCACCGAAUGAGUGACAUCAUCGAGACGAGACAUUUGAAGAAUCGCUGGUUUGUGGUGCCGGAAUUGCGCAAAGAUCUCAUCGGACAAACACAUGUGAAAGUUAGUCGUGGAAACAUUGAGCCGCACAACACUUUCUUCUGCGAUUCGUGCAGCGAGUACAUGCCCCGGAAUGCAUACGAGACCCAUUUGAGAAAGAUCAAUCGUUGGGGCACCUGUGAUCACUACACUCCACGCCGCUUUCCGUGCACUGAGAAAGAUUGCAAUCAGCGACUGCCGAGCAUUGAGAAGUUGUGCACCCAUCUUCGCAUCUCACACAAAGUUCCGUUAGACAUCAAGGAAAAGACGUUCGCAAAUGAGGAACAAUUUCAGGUGUUCCUUCGUGAACUUGAAGGCAAAGGUGGAAACUUCCGGAUGUCUCGUGGAAACAAAUCCUCGCGUGAAGGUGUUCAGAUUCGUUACUACCGUUGCAACCGAAACGUUCGCAUGCAGCCGGGCAAGAAGAUUAUCACUGCUUCGGGAGCUGUGGUUCGUCCGGGAGUCAGUGCUGUUGACAAUUUGAUGGAAGAAGUGGAAGAGAUCGAGUAUGAUGAAGAUGAGACUGGAGUGCCGAAGACGACUCGUAAGAAGCCAAGCAAACUUUUCAUUCAUGGAAUGUGCACUGCAUUCUUCAAGAAACUCGAAUUUCAAGACGGACGAAUCCACGUGCGUUACUGUGAUUACCAUCUUCACCCCGAUGCGGUGCUCAGAAUUCCCGAUGAUGUUCGUGACAGAAUCAAAGAGCUGAACCUGAAGCGUCUCCCGGUGCCGGUCAUUAUCAAAGUUGUUAAAACUGAGGUGCACAAUUUCGCCGAAGAGGGAUCAGCGCUGGAGGAGCGGAUUCUCAACAUCAACGACAAGGAUGUGCGCAAUGUGCUUUCUAGGUGCGGUCUGAAGCCGAUUCGCUUGCAAAUCUGCCGUAACAAGACUUUUGCUGAAAGAGAUGAUCUGGAAGAACAGCUGGCUCUGGAGCGCUCUAAUCCGAAUCGUCACGUGCAACACCACAUAGGCACCGCAUUGGACUAUGAUGACGGUGUGAAGCAACUGCAGCCGCCUGAACCCCACGAGAUGUUCGUCGAUCACGAAACAAUGCAACGAGAGGAUGAGCUGCUAGAUAUUGCUGUGAACGAUCCGGCGAUGGUCGAUCCAAACCGUCCACCAUCACCCGAAGGACUCACUCAAUUGGAACGAGCUUGUUACGAAUCUUGGCAACAGGAGGACAUUGAAACGGUAAAUGAAGCUGCUGAGAAGCGUCGAGAGGCUAUUCAAUUGCGACGUCGCCGUGAAACAGUGCAAGAUGAGUUCGAGGAGUGCAGUGCGAGAUUGAAGCUCGAAUUCUUCAACGCGCUCAACGAGGGUCAAGUUCGACGCGUGCGCAGUAUGAUCGAUGAAUUAUCGGAGAUGUACAACGAGACGGCUGGCGAAAGACAUAAGGGUCUCCUUCGAUCGAAUCGCCGUGGCCGCAAGAGUUCACCGCAACAAAUGAAUCGUCGUCGUAGACGGUACAAGUUCGAGGACGAUCAGUAUGGAGACGAGCCAAAUGAUAUCAAUCUCGACGAUGAGCCUAGGGUUGAGGUUGAAGAAGUCGAGAUUCACAACGGCGACGAACAGAAUUUGAUGAAGAAGGUGCCCAUUAUGGUUCCGCAAAUGCAACACCCAGUCAUCGCUCCACCACAUCGUGUCGCCGCUCGUCGUAGUCCUCAAAAGCAAACCACUCACAAGGAGCCAAUGAAUUUGGAAGAGGCGCCGCCAGCUUUGGAGCAGAUGCAAGAGCCCGGAGAAAUCAUCGCCGAAGAAUACGAGGAAAUGCUCACAGAAGAGAUUCUACAAGUUGACGCCGAAAUCUCAAGGAUUCAAGAGGGCGAUGAGAUGAUCAAGGAAAUGCCCGAAGUCGAUGUGACGGUCUCGCCUAGGAAACGCAACGAACGUAGUGCUCCCAUUGCUGCUGCUAGUGAGAAAUUGGCUACACCAAGUAUUAGCGGAGCCGGCCGUCGUCGAAAGCGUACUCAAGAGUCUCUGAUUGAGGAACCGGCACAAUCGGCUGAGAUAAAACCGGAACAAGCUGAAAAUGUUAAAAGACGUGGACGCAAGCGUGCCUCGGAAAAAGAGCCGUCUCCCGUUGAAGUGGUCGAUCCGGUGGGCGAAGAUGUUGCUGAAGAGGAACCACAACCGGACGCUCCACAUACUUCAUCGGCUGCAAAGAAGCAACGUCAGCGUCGCAGCCAGAAUGUCGAGAAAUCCUACGACUACACGCCAGCUAUGCAUGGUAUCGCCGUUAGUCGAAGUGGUCGCCGUGUCAACAAAACGAAGCUGCUUGACAUG